GGAGUUGUAGUUCAAGAACAUCUGGGGGCUAAGGUUGGGGGCCAUUGGAGCAAGGAAUUUGGUUUCAGGAGGCCUGGAUUUGAAUUCCUGCUCAGCCAGGGAAAUUCACUGCAGGUGUGGAGCUGGCAACAUCACUCCUUGAAUAUCCAAAAGUGUUGUGGCUCCUUUAAGGCUAACAACUCCUCAGUCUGCUUUGCUAUGUCACAGAGAAUGCUAGCCAAUGGACGAAGAGGAGGUGGAAUCCAUUGUCACCUGAUACAGGAAGUGCUUGUUUCCCAGACCUUGAAGAGUUACAGUCAAAAGGUUGUUACUUCUUUCCUUCGGUUUAUAUUAACGGGGAGCUGCAGUUUAUGAACGGGUUGUAUCUGAGUGGAAUUCCUUCUUUCUUCAGAUGAUUUGAAAGUAUUUCCAGAGGAGUCGCCAAGCAAGUAAACAGCUGGAUGAUCUCUAGUUGACUUAUUUCUUGUUUUUUGGUUCAUAAUACUUGAAGAAGUACAUGCUUUGCAUGCCAUUUUCGUGCUGCUGCUGCUAGCCUCUUCCAUGUGAUACCAUUAUCUUGCAUAAAUUCAUUGUUGAGGUGGAGUAAGAACCUGCAGUGGAACCGACGCACCGAGACUCUUUGACUAGGAGAAGGAAAUGGCAUCUCCUGAAGCUGCGAAGAGGAGGAUCCUCCCAGCAUGGAUGGCAGAAAGGGCAGCCGAGCCAGCACAAGAGGCUGAAGCAAAGCCAAAGAGAAGGAAAAUGGCAGCUUUGCCCAGGCUUGAGACUGUUUACUGCAUGAAUGAAGCAGAGUUGGUAGACAUAGCUCUUUGUUUUUUGGCUGAGAACUGCAAAGAUAAGGAAAUGGAGGCAGCAUCCUCAGAAGAUGAGGUCCCAGCGACUCAGCAAGUACCGGUGAGUCACCAGCGGAGGGCAGAGAGUGGCAGCGACCGAACUCCAAGCCCCACUAUGGGGUCCAAGCCUCCAAAGGAGUGGUGUACGCUAAGUGGCAACAAGAAGGCUGAAUCAGAGGAGAAAGAUGACGAUGACGCUUUAAAAUAUGUCAGGGAGAUCUUCUUUACUUAACUUUGAAUCCUAGACAACAUCAGAAACCACUUCUAGAGACCAGGGUUGCUUUAAAGGGAAGGAGUCUCCCAGUCUGCUCCUGACCUUGCUCAUAUCACAUGGAGGAAUGGUAUGGUCAUCCCGUGACUUUGGGACAGUGAAAUUGCCUUCUAGAUUUGUUGAGAAUGUUUAUUUUCACUCAAAGGAAGAGAACCUUGGUUACUGAAGAACAGAUUGGCCCCAUCUUUGCUGUCCUUCCGCAAGCAGGCAAAG